UUUUGAAUAUUUGAGUCACAUCAUGGGAUUGCUAGAUAGACUUUCAUGCUUGCUUGGUCUAAAGAAGAAGGAAGUACAUGUUUUGUGCCUUGGACUGGACAAUAGUGGCAAAACAACAGUCAUUAACAAACUUAAACCUACAAAUGCUCAAUCUCAAGAUAUAGUUCCAACAAUAGGAUUCAACAUAGAAAAAUUCAAAUCUUCCAGUUUGUCUUUUACAGUGUUUGACAUGUCAGGGCAAGGAAGGUACAGAAACCUCUGGGAACACUAUUAUAAAGAUGGACAAGCCAUUAUUUUUGUAAUUGAUAGUAGUGAUAGAUUAAGAAUGGUUGUGGCCAAAGAAGAACUUGAUACUCUUCUGAAUCAUCCAGAUAUUAAGCAUCGCCGGAUACCAAUCUUAUUCUUUGCAAACAAAAUGGAUCUUAGAGAUGCAAUGUCAUCUGUAAAAGUGUCUCAGUUGCUUUGUUUAGAGAACAUCAAAGAUAAACCCUGGCACAUUUGUGCCAGUGAUGCCAUAAAAGGAGAAGGAUUGCAAGAAGGUGUGGACUGGCUUCAAGAUCAGAUCCAGGCUGUGAAGACAUGAAAAGAUAAUGUUUGGAAACUUCAACCAUUUUCACUUCAGGAAUAUAUUUGAGGCAGAGUAAAUAUGUUUCAUUUUUAAAAAGAUGUUUGUGCAUCUAGGAAUAAUUUAUAUUUUUCUGUUUAAGCUUAUAUAUUCUGAACAUAGAAUUUCAGGUAUGCUAACUGACCAUUAACUAUAUAAAAACUAAAAUUUUCUGAAGGGCUCCACAGAUUUAUAAACUUAGUAGAGUCAAUAAUUGAUUGUAAUUA